ACAACAUACAGCAUUUGUCACCUUUGAGUAACAUUAGCUCGACAAUGUUUGUUUGUCACCGGAGUCCGUCUGGCCAUCCUGUUCAAAGCAAUGUUAGCGAACAAGCUAGUGUAGACUACAGAGGUAGUACCAGAGCUAGUGGGAGAUCAACAUUUGGCUGCAGACUAUCCAGAGGGCAACAGACAGCUAAGACAUCCCAUAUCAACUCUGAUACCCACUCUGCAUCAGGCUAUAAGGCCAGUGAUGUUGGGAGUGCUAGCGACAGUGUGACAUUAUAUUGUCAGUCAGACAACACCCUCACAACAAAGGAAUUAGAGACCCCCUACACUGCUGCCCCCUAUUGUGAAAAUGAGAUGAAUGAAGCAGAGAAAGUGCAACACUGGUUGAAUGUCUCAUCUUUUCAAACUGAGUUGAAUUGCUAUCUGACCCCUGUGCUUGCCAUCUGCCCCAGGGAAGCAGGGUGCACUGUCAUAGGUGGUUUAUAA